AUGUGGGCUCCUGGCGGAGCCUUACACGCUCUCUUGAACUCGGCCGCGCCGGGUAUAGACGGUUUCCCCCCUUCCGCCAUCGCCGCUGCUGCGGCGGCUGCAGCGCUGCUGCCAGUGGAAGCCGUGGAGAUCUCGACGACGCGUCGCACGGCGCUGCACAUGUCGUCGCUGCGACCGCUGGCGACGUUUCCGCUGGUAGACAAGCAGACGGGGCAGCUGUCGUGGAAGAUCGUAGGCAUCGCAAGCGAUCACCCGCUUGCCUCUGCCGCUGUAGACGCGUGCACGAAGCUUGGAAAGGCCAUAUGGAACCCUAAUAGUGCGCGCAAGGGCGGAGGGGAAACUAGCGUCGGGGCGCCGCCUGGAAAGAGCAAGCGGGGGGGAAGUUGGGACAGCAAGGAAUUGGCACGGGAUCAAGCUUUGGCUACCGUCGCUGGUUUAGUAUCGCGCUGGUUGGUCGACGCUUAUGAUCUUCUCGCGGCACUCAAUAACGAACCAACGGGCGUGGUGGCGGGCGCGGAGGGCGCGGAGCAGCGGCGGCGGUGGCAGGUGGGGGAGCGCGCGGUGUUCGGAGUGGCGGAGAACGCGCACGUGACGUGGCAAGGCAUGAUGCAGCAACCACCGCAGGGGCAGGGGGCAACAGGCGCGCGGGAAAUUGCGCCAACGCUGGUGUCGCAAGGGCUAGUUCCGCAAGGCGUGCAGUGGACGGGGGCGGAGGCACAGGCGCAGGCGCAAGGGCAGGCGCAAGCGGAAGGGGAGCGCUGGUGGGGAGAAGGGACAUACGGGAUGGGCGGGGAAGUGGAUGUAUGGUCUCAAGGGGGCAGUGGAGGGGCGUCUGCUGAGAGCAAUGCGAUGGGGGCUCGUGCUGCUGCUGCUGCUGCUGGUUGUGGUGCUGUUGCCGGUUUCGGAAGGGAGCAGGAGCGGUGGGAGGUGGACGAGGAGGGAGCGCAGCAGUGGCACGAACAGCAGCAGCAGCAGCAGCAGCAGCAGCAGCAGCAACAGCAGAGUCAGCGAGGGAGAAUUCCUGUGUUUCCCACGUCAGCAUCCACGUCAUCGUCUGUGUGCACUGACACUGAUAGACCCAUGCCCAUGUCCAUGUCCCAGUGGCAAGAUCUACAGCAGCUGCUGCAACACGCACAAGCCUCCCAAUGGCACGUGCAAACUCAACAGCUUCAGCAGAUUCAGCAGCAGCAACAGCAGCAGCAGCAACAGCAACAGCAGCAGCAGCAGCAGCAGGAAGAGGAGGAAGAGGGUUUUAUGCAAGGGAGGAUCCCUGUUGGCGGUUCUAUGGUGGAGCGACGGGCCAGAGGUGUGAAAGCGCUCUCUGCAGCAAUGGCUCACACAAGAGCUGCAGCAGCAGCAGGGGGAGAAGGAUCAGUGGCAUGCAGACGGAUGGGGGCAGGGGGAGGGGGGGUCGCAGGGGCAGCGGCAGGGGCAGCGGCAGGGGCAGGGGCAGGGGCAGGGGCAGGGGCAGGGGCAGGGGCAGGGGCAGGGGCAGGGGCAGGGGCAGGGGCAGGGGCAGGGGCAGGGGCAGGGGGAGGGGGAGAGGGAGGGGGGAGAAUAGGGAUGAUGAUGCGGAGUGCUACAACGGGGGGAAGUGUGGGCGCACGGGACGAGGGCGAGGGGAGGCGUGCAGUAGAGGAGAGCAUGGGGCGAGUGAGGGUGCUGAGGGGAGUGGGGGGCGGGAGGGGGGAGGGACAGGGACCAGGCAGGAUGGGUGUUAUAGUGGGAGUGGGAGGAGGAGAGGAGGGGGAAAAUGAGGAGGAGGAGGAGGAGGAGGAGGAGGAGGAGGAGGAGGAGGAGGAGGAGGAGGAGGAGGAGGAGGAGGGGGGGGGGGGGAGGAGGAGGAGGAGGAGGAGGAGGAAGGGGAGGGGGAGGAGGGGGAGGAGGAGGGGGAGGAGGAGGAAGCUAGGCUUAGAGAGGGGAUGGUGCAUGCAAGGCCAUCCCAUUGCCACUGUUGGGUGCCUCCCCACCCAGCUCGUCCCAAAUUCUCCGUCCUCUCUCGCCCCCCAUCCCGGCACCACACCUUCUUCCCCCUGCUCGCUACAUGCCAUGCCACCUUUCUUUCAGAACCAGCAGCAGCAGCAGCAGCAGCAGCAGCAGCAGCAGCAGCAGCAGCAGCAGCAGGGUGUGAGUGAGCAAUCAGAGAAGCAGAGGAUGCUGCGUCAGGGUGUGAUGUCGGGUCCAGUGGGGGAAGCUUAUUGGCAGCUCGUUCUUGCAACCUCCGAACCAGGCUCCUCCUUGCCCCAAUCGCACUCCCCGCAUAAUUCUCUACAGCAGCAUCAGCAGCACCAGCAGCACCAGCAGCUGCAGCAGCAGCAGCAGCAAUCCGACUACAUAUCUGUUCCGCAUUUCUUCAGCGGUCCCAUCCCUCGUCGUGCCGCCACCGACACUCCCACCCGUCCUCGCCCCUCUGUCACCACCACCACGCCUCCUGUGCCUACCAGCCGGUCUAUAGAGUCACCACACUCGGAAAGGGUGGGGCGGGCAGCAGGAGGGAAGGCAGUGGGGCGAAGGGCAUCGCUUGGGGAUGCGGAUGAUCUAUACUGUGCUCCUGUGGCAUCGUCUGUUGCUGGAUGGUACCGGAAGGAAGGCAGGGAGGAUGCUGGGAAGGAGUGUGGGGAUUUGGAGGAAGAGAAGGUGGUAGAUGGGAAGAAUCAGGAAGGGUAUGAGGAUGGGACGAUGGUUGAUGCCGCCACUGCUCCAGCAACGGAAGAAGCUGCUGCUGAAGCGGGGAUGUCACCAGGAGUGCUGGUUGCAGGGGCGAUCGGAACAGGAGUGAAUGGAUCACCCGUUUCAUCUAACUUCAGCCGGAGCUCCUCCCCCCUUGUGGGGCACAUGAGGCGCAGUCAUACCACCAGUGAGUGCAGACCAGGCGGUAAGGCAAAGGGGGAGGAGGAGUGGGAAGAAGCGGAGGGUGAGGAGGAAAGGCAGCAGAAGCGGCGGGUGACUUGGGGGAAGGCGUGCGUGAGAGAGAUUCCAGGGAGAGUGGCAGUGAAGGGUGGGAUGAGGAGGAAGGGCGAGGAGGAGAGAGGGAACGAGAAGAUGGGGGUUGUUGGGAAGAGUGGGGAUAGUGAGGGAGUGAAGGGAAGGGAAGAGAGAAAGGGUAAGGCGAGGGGGAGCAGGGAGAGUGAGGGACAAGCGGAGGUGGAGAAAGGUGCAGAGGCCAAGGCUGGUGGUGGUGGCGGUGGUGGCGGUGGUGGUGGUGGUGGUGGUGGUGGUGGUGGUGGUGGUGGUGGUGGUGGUGGUGGUGGUGGUGGUGGUGGUGGUGGUGGUGGUGGUGGUGGUGGUGGUGGUGGUGGUGGUGGUGGUGGUGGUGGUGGUGGUGGUGGUGGUGGUGGUGGUGGUGGUGGUGGUGGUGGUGGUGGUGGUGGUGGUGGUGGUGGUGGUGGUGGUGGUGGUGGUGGUGGUGGUGGUGGUGGUGGUGGUGGUGGUUAUGCUGAUGGGGAUGGUAGGGUUGAUCGUUCUGGGUUUUCCGGCAGUGCCGAUCGUGUUGGUGGGAAGGGGUUGGCCAAGGGGCAGAGGCGCAUGUCUUGGGAUGGUAUUGGCCCGUAUGCUGAUGUGGGUGAGAGUGUGGACAGCCCAGGACAGGCCAAGGGGAGGGUGAAAGGAGAGAGGAAAGGAGGGGCUCACAGGAAGAGUCGAGUGGGAGAGGAUGGUCGGGAGGUGGAUGUGCAGGUGGGGGGAGAGAAAGGGAUAGUGGGGAGAGAUGGUGGGAAGUGGGAGGAAGAGCGAGGAGGCGAGGAGAGUGGAGGGAAGGAGGUGGGGAUGGUGUUGGAUGGGAGGAGUAAAGUGCAAGGUAUGUGGGCAAGGGAGAGAUCUAGAGGUGGAAGUAUGAGAGAGAGUGGGAGGGGUGGGAGCGAGGAGGAUGAUGAUAGAGAGGGGCGGCAAGGGGUUAAGGGAGGAGAGGGAGUGAAGCGAGAGGAGAAGCAUAAGGGCUUUGCUUUGCAUAUACCCAGGCCAGGGACGCCUAAUAUCCUCCAAACGGCACUCCGGCUCUUGACAUGA